AUGGCUCCGUCCGAAGCUAGCGGUUACUUCAGCUGGACCCAACGAGUCAGCUUCGCCGGCGGCUUCAGUCGCACUAUCGCCAACUUCUACAUCCGUAUCUGCCACCGAGUCAGAUGCGGCUUCUCUACCAGCGACCAAGGUGUCCUCAUCGCCGACUACCACUACAACCCCGUCGCUGCGGCGAUCCUCGACCUUGGACUCCUUAGCCUCCCUUCCGCGGCCUCACGUUUGCCCCUUACGUGGGGACGAAGGCUAAGAGUAAUCUAUGUCGUUUUGGACAACAACUGCACUCAGGUAUUGGUGUCUGUUGAGGCUGCAUCACGUCUAGGUGCAACCGCCAUGUCCCAGGCUGGCACAGUGGUUGUGUAA